UCACAUUUCUGCGAAACGUGAAAAGUGCAGAAAAAUUUGGAAUCUGUAUUCUUCGAACAAAACAGAAGAUUGUGUAUUUUAAGGAGCAGAAAAGCGCGUUUGAAGAGAACGAAGAAGAAGCGUAAGCAUGCUGUGCUUCUGCUUGUAUCUUUCGGACUGAGGUUAGCGAAUUCACGGAGGCCUAUGUUAGAUGGAAGAGACCUCUCUCUGCUGUGAACAAGUACCGGAUGGGGAAUGCAUUGAGGUUCAGAAAGACGAAGAUGGCGCGCUGAUUGAAUUGGAUUGUCAGAAUGGUUUUCCUGAGGGGAGAAAGGAAUUUGUUGCACCUGCUGUUGGAAUGGAGUUUGAGUCAUACGAUGAUGCUUACAACUAUUAUAUUUGUUAUGCCAAGGAGGUGGGGUUUCGUGUACGGGUGAAGAAUUCGUGGUUCAAGCGGAAUAGCAGAGAGAAGUAUGGUGCAGUGCUUUGCUGUAGCAGCCAGGGUUUCAAGAGAAUAAAGGAUGUUAAUCAUUUGAGGAAGGAGACGAGAACUGGUUGUCCUGCAAUGAUAAGGAUGAGACUGGUGGAGUCACAGAGAUGGCGGGUGCUUGAAGUUAUGCUUGAACAUAACCACAUGUUGGGUGCUAAGAUACAGAGGUUGGUUAAGAAGAUGGGAACUGGGAUGAAGAGGAAAUCGUUGCCUAGUUCUGAUACCGAGGGGCAGACGAUUAAGUUAUAUCGUGCACUUGUGAUUGACGCGGGAGGUGAUGGAAUUUCAAACACCACUGCGAGAGAGGACAGAAGUUUCUGUGAGUUUUCUAACAAGUUGAACCUUAGAAAAGGUGACUCACAGGCCAUUUAUAAUUUCCUCUGCCGAAUGCAAUUGACUAAUCCAAACUUCUUUUACUUGAUGGAUUUCAAUGACGAAGGGCAUUUGAGGAAUGUAUUUUGGGUUGAUGCUAGGUCCAGGGCUGCGUGCGGUUAUUUUGGCGAUGUUAUUUAUUUUGACAACAGUUAUUUGUCGAACAAAUAUGAAAUCCAGCUGGUGACUUUUGUUGGAAUAAACCACCAUGGUCAUUCGGUGUUAUUAGGAUGUGGCCUGCUUGCAAGUGAAACAACAGAGUCUUAUGUAUGGUUGUUUAGGACAUGGAUUAAAUGUAUGUCAGGAUGUUCACCCCAAACUAUUAUCACUGACAGGUGCAAGGCUUUGCAGAGAGCAAUUGCAGAAGUUUUUCCUAGAUGUCGUCAUUGUUUUGGCUUGUCAUUAAUUAUGAAAAAGAUACCAGAAAAAUUGGGAGGUUUGCACAACUAUGAUGCACUCAGGAAAGCACUGAUUAAAGCAGUUUAUGAAACAUUGAAAGUGAUUGAGUUUGAAGCAGCAUGGGGAUUUAUGAUUCAACAUUUUGGAGUUAGUGAUCAUGAGUGGCUUCGUUCUCUGUAUGAAGAUCGAGUUCAUUGGGCUCCGGUAUUUUUGAAGGACACAUUUUUUGCUGGAAUGUCUGCAGCUCGCCCUGGGGAGAACAUUACUCCUUUUUUUGAUAGAUACGUGCACAAACAGACCCCACUGAAGGAGUUUCUUGAUAAGUAUGAAUUAGCUCUUCACAAGAAGUACAAGGAAGAGUCUUUUGCAGAUAUUGAAUCAAGGAGCUCAAGCCCCUUGCUGAAAACUAGAUGUUCCUUUGAAUUGCAGCUCUCCAGAUUGUACACUAGAGAAAUGUUCAUGAAAUUCCAGUUAGAAGUGGAAGAAGUAUAUUCUUGUUUUGGUACAACACAGUUACAUGUGGAUGGUUCCAUCAUAAUUUUCUUGGUCAAGGAGCGUGUUUUGAUUGAGGGAAACCGACGGGAGAUUCGGGAUUUUGAAGUUUUGUACAGUAGGACCGUAGGUGAAGUUCGUUGCAUCUGUAGUUGCUUUAAUUUUUAUGGAUAUCUUUGUCGACAUGCACUGUGUGUGCUCAAUUUUAAUGGGGUUGAAGAGAUACCUCACAGAUACAUUCUUUCGCGAUGGAAGAAAGAUUACAAGCGUCUUUAUGUUCCUGAUCACAGCUCUGGUACCUCUGAUGAUACUGACCGCAUUCAAUGGUCUAAUCAGUUAUUUAGAAGUGCCUUGCAAGUUGUUGAGGAGGGUAUACUUUCUCUAGAUCAUUACAAUGUAGCGUUACAAUCUUUAGAAGAAUCACUGAGUAAGGUUCAUGAUGUAGAGCAGAGACAAGAGAUAACAGAAGGAAGAACGCAGUUGGCAGUGAAGAAGAGAGAGCAGAGAAACAGCAUUUCGUUCACUGCUACUCUCUCUUUUCUUCUCUUAUCUUUUCUGUUACUAACUCAUGUGAACUCUCUGGCUAUGACUGACGAUACCAUGUGUUCUCCAAGCGACAAGGACUUGUCGCUUAGUCCUAAUCUUGAUAUCACGAUAGAUGAUGGCUCUCCGAACAGUGAGCAACUUCUUGACAUAGUGGACGAGGGCAACGAGCUUGACAAUGAAUGUGGGCAAUUGUUUGAGAUUGAUGGAAGUGGACGUGAAAAUGGGAGGGAUGAAACCACAGUAGUUGAUAGUCACAGCGUAGAAUCUCACGGGAAAGACUGCCCCCCACCAAUUGUAGGAAUGGAGUUUGAUACUUAUGAUGAUGCAUACAACUAUUACAAUACCUAUGCCAAGGAAAUUGGAUUUGCUACUCGAGUUAAAUCUUCAUGGACGAAACGUAACAGCAAAGAGAAGCGUGGUGCGGUUCUGUGCUGCAACUGUGAGGGUUUCAAAACAACCAAAGAAGCAAAUAGUCACAGGAAAGAAACAAGAACGGGCUGUUUAGCAAUGAUUAGAUUGAGAUUAGUGGAAUCUAACAGGUGGAGAGUCGAUGAAGUCAAGCUUGAGCAUAACCAUUCAUUUGAUCCUGAAAGAGCACAAAACUCUAAAUCACAUAAGAGGAUGGACAGUAGGGCAAAAAGAAAAGUUGAGCCAACUCUAGACGUUGAAGUAAGAACGAUCAAGUUAUAUCGAAUGCCUGUUGUAGAUGCAUCAGGUUAUGGAAGCUCAAAUUCCACUGAAGGUGCAACUAACAACCACAUUAAUUGUUCCAAGCGUUUGAAACUUAAAAAAGGUGAUCCGGAGCUUAUUUCAAAUUACUUCUGCCGCAUUCAAUUGACUAAUCCUAACUUUUUCUAUGUGAUGGAUCUGAAUGAUGAUGGACAACUGAGGAAUGUAUUUUGGAUUGACUCUAGAUCUAGGGCUGCUUAUAGUUAUUUUGGUGAUGUGGUUGCAUUUGACUCAACGUGUUUGUCAAACAAUUAUGAGAUUCCUCUUGUUGCAUUUGUUGGUGUUAAUCACCAUGGCAAAUCUAUUUUGCUAGGAUGUGGUCUGCUUGCAGAUGAGACAUUUGAAACAUAUAUUUGGUUAUUUAGGGCAUGGCUCACAUGUAUGACUGGUCGCCCUCCACAAACUAUGAUCACAAACCAGUGUAAGGCCUUGCAAAGUGCAAUUGCUGAGGUUUUCCCGAGAGCUCACCAUAGAAUUUGUCUAUCGCAAGUCAUGCAGAGCAUUCUUGGGUGUUUUGUGCAGUUUCAGGAGUACGAGGCAUUUCAAAUUGCGCUUACUAAAGUCAUAUAUGACUCUAAAACAGUAGACGAGUUUGAAAGGGCUUGGGAUGAUCUAACCCAGCAUUUUGGAAUAAGAAAUCACGAAAAGAUCCUAACCUUGCAUGAGGAACGAGAGCAUUGGGCCCCAGUGUACUCCAAAGACACAUUUUUUGCAGGAAUAUCUGAUUAUGAAAAGGGUGAGUCUGUGGUUCCCUUUUUCAAGGGUCAUGUGCAUCAACAAACUUCUUUGAAAGAAUUUUUUGAGAUUUAUGAAUUAGUUCAGCAGAAAAAACAUAAAACCGAAGUUCUUGAUGAUCUUGAGUCAUGCGAUUUGAGCUCAUUACUGAAGACAAGAUGCUACUACGAGUUGCAAAUCUCUAAAUUGUACACAAAUGCUGUAUUUAGGAAGUUUCAAGAUGAGGUAGUGAUGAUGCCCUCUUGUUUCAGCAUCACGCAGACUCAAACUAGUGGCUCUAUGGUGACGUACAUGGUAAAAGAACGAGAAGUGGAAGACCCUGCAACAGAUGGUAGUAGGCAUUUUGAAGUCAUGUAUGAUAAAGCUGGAACAGAAGUACGGUGCAUUUGUAGUUGCUUUAAUUUCAAGGGCUACCUGUGCAGACAUGCCUUGUAUAUCCUUAAUUACAAUGGUGUGGAGGAAAUUCCAUGUCAAUACAUUUUGUCAAGAUGGAGGAAAGAUUUUAAGCGUUUGUAUGUACCUCAUCUUAGUGCUGAUAAUGUUGAUAUUAGCAACCCAGUUCAGUGUUUUGAUCAUUUGUACAAACGUGCCAUGCGAGUUGUUGAAGAGGGGAUGAUAUCCCAAGAUCAUUAUAUGGUUUCUUGGCAAGCAUUUAAAGAAUCUCUCAAUAAGAUUCGCCUUGUAGCAGACAAGAUUGAAUAAACAAAUCAAAGAAUAAUGCUAAUAAUAUGUUGUGCAUAAGUUAUUAUUCA